AUGCCGAUUCACAAGCAACCCGGGAACGAAAUAAAUCGGGUGGAGACUGCAUCUGAGGUUGACGAUAGUGCUCAUGUUUCUCUUGAUAUAGUGACGACCCCCACAUCCAUUGAAGAGCAAGAAGAAGAAAAAACAACAAGACAUUGUUACAAGACGGCCGUACCACCAGUAUUCAACGCAUCAAAUCAACCUGAAAGGGACAGAGAAAAUGAAAUAAAAUCUCGGAUAGCAUAUUUAAGGGAUAUAAGGCCAAUGCCAUAUACUGAUUAUGAAGGAAAAGAGCACAGCUUACUAGCUGCGCCAAAAUUGUGCCCAAAGAAAGAAAGACAACCAUUGAAGAUGAUUCACUCAAAGUUUCUUCCCCUUCCAUCUGCAAUACCAUUCUGGAUCAACAGUCCUACAGGGCCAAUAUUUUAUAGUGGGGCACGAAGUUUCUAUUUGACCUGGCCAUGCUCGGGUUACAGCGUCUUUCUUUAA